AUGAUUGAGUCUGUCAAAAUAAGAAGGCAGUGCAUGCUGGAUUUCUACUCGCAUUAUGAACAUCUUUGUGCUCUUCAAAGCUCUGUCCCACUGAAAGCUGUGAAGGCUAACCUGACACAGGGUGCGCUUGACCUAAUUGUAGAUCACAUCAAAGCUGCUGAUUGGCCUCCGCUCUUGACUGCUAUCAGGCAUAAUAAGACUUUGACUUCCAUUGCAAUAAGAAGUUUUCAUCAACAAGGCCUUGGAGAAUCAGGUGUUGAAAGAUACAAAACUUACUUCAGAAGGAGAAUUCCAGCAAUUCAAUCAAAAGACUUGACUGGUCAAUUAUGCAAAGCUGUCAAAGGUUGCCUCAGUAUAUCAGAUGUACUGAAAAAUUUAGAACUGCAAGGUUUACUUCUGAGGGAGAGAGAUCUAAUACUUCUAACAAAGGGCUUAGCCGCAGCAUCAUCUCUGGAGAGUGUCUCAUUAGCCCAUUGUCCAAUUGGAGAUAGAGGAUUAGAAACAAUCUGUCAGAGUGUAAAGAAUUCAGCUACUAUCAAAUAUGUAAACUUCACUGGAUGUAGCCUCACAUGGCAAGGGGCAGAACAUAUAGCAAAUGUAUUAAAGCACCAGGCAAUGAAAAGACAUGGUGAGGCCUGGGCUGAAAGCCUGCGUUACAGGAGACCUGACCUUGACUAUAUGACUGGCUUGAGGCGGAUUACUUUCAACUGCAACAUGCUUAUUGGAGAUAGAGGAGCAAGUGUCUUUGCAGACUGUCUAGGAGAGGACCUUUGGCUCAAAGCACUUGAUUUGCAGCAGUGUGGAAUAUCCAAUGAAGGAGCGAGGUCAUUAUUAGAUGCUCUUCAAACUAAUAGAACAUUAGUGGUACUUGACAUAAGAAAAAAUCCUUUAAUUGAUCACUUUGUGAUGAAAAACAUUAUUGAAAGAGUUCUUAUGAAUGGAAAUAGUACUAAUUCAGAGUAUAAGUGGCAGACAUCUCCAUCUUCCAAGGAUGCUUUGAAAACUAGACCAAAGAAAAGAACUAUUGUCCUAGGAAGUGGUCGAAAAGGAAAAGCUACUAUUCGUAUUGGAUUACUAUGUAAAAAGUCUCUAAGUCCUGGGAAAAAAAAUACACCUGUGAAAGAUAGUUACUCACCAAAGCCACUACCACCAGGCACAAAAGGCUUCAUUCCUUGGCGGACUGCAGAACGUGCAAAAAGAUGCAGAGGGGGGCCAGUGGAUAGUGCUGAAGAAUUACCAGUGAAGAUUGAGACAGGUGUUCCGGUGAAGGUGACAGUAGAAAGUGCCUCGGCCUCCGAAACUGAAGACACAGACUAUUCAAAUGAUGUUAUCCAUGAUCCUAAUUUGGCAAAUUCAUUAGAAAAGAUUAAUGUGACAGCAUAUCAAAAAUUACAGUUGGAGCUGGAAGAUUGCAUGGAAAAAUUAAAAGAAGAACAAAGAGCCAGACUAAAGGCUGAGGAACGGAUAGUGGAGCUGGAAAAUGAAAAUGCAGGAUUAAGAAAUCUAAAUAUCUCUCUGUCUGGGGCUCUUCAUGCACAGUCAGUGACCAGCAUGAUUUUGGAAGAUGAAGGUGUUCUAUGCAGCAUUGAGAACUCUUUCCAGAAGUUUCAUGCUUUUUUGGACCUACUUAAGGAUGCUGGACUUGGACAGCUUGCUGUGUUAGCUGGGAUAGACCAGUCAGAUUUUGGUCUUUUGGGGCAUCCCCAAAUGAAUUCUACUAUCAGUAAACCUGCUAACAUGCUAACGGAGAAAUCUUUUGAAGAAGACAGACAAGAACAUACCCAAAACAGCAAAAACAGAGAUGGGGAUUUCCAAGUUUCUCUUCCUGGCACAUUUCAGUCCCAGAUGGUUAUGAAUAAUGCCUUCUCUGCUCCUAGAGAAAUACAACAGCUUCAGUCUGCUGAGCAGAAGUGCCAGCCAGCCUCAUGUAAGGAAAGUGAAACUCAAACAAUUAGCCAAAAUAAAGAGGAUAAGCCUCAAAACAGUACCCCAACAUUUUCUGAGAGAAGGAUCAAACAAAAUGAACAUGCAAAAGGUUAUCACUCAGGAAGGCAAUUGGGUACUGAUCUGCAUUCAUCUUCUGAUUCCAGAGUACAUAGUAAAAGUAAUGGUAGCAGAACACCCAGUGGUGCUUCUGGUGAAAAAAGCAAAAGUUUCUCAAAGAAAUACAUUCCUAGACCAACAAACCCAGCAACUGCAAAUGAUGGAGCAAGAAGAGACCAAAGCAGACUCUAGAUAGUAAAUCACUCUAGAACUGCUACUGUAGGAUCUGAAAUACUAGAAAGUAUCAGAAGUGUUACCAGCAUACAAGAUAUUUCUAAAAUAUUUGGACUGUUAUUUACAUUUGCAGAACUAAAAAUAAAUGUGGAUACAUCAGUACAGUUUGUGAAAUUUUUGUAA